UUUGAUUGUUGUUUUGACAAGGGCGACAACAUGUAUUGGAUUUUGCGAUUUGAAAACAUUUAAGUAUUCUAGUAGAAAUUUUUAUAAUUUACCUUGAAAUAUUACUUCACAGGGAAAAAGACACAAAAAAUGUCUGAAAAUAUAGUCUUGGAAGGCAAUUUAGAUAUGCUCCACAGCCUCUACGAUUUUAAGGCUACAUAUCCCAGAACGCUAAGCUUUAGAAAUAAUGAAUACUUCAUUCUAAAUCAGGUUAAUACGAGAAAGAAAAAUUGGUGGGAAGUGAUAAAUGGCAAGGGCGAAACAGGUUACAUUCCCUCCAAUUAUGUUGAAACAUUAACAGUUAAUCCCUCAUUCUACUUGCAUUUUGUGGAGAGCUGUUUAGAUUCCCUGUCUAGAAAUGAGGAUUGUGCUUUAAGUACCACUACCGAUAGAAAAAAGACCAUUAAAAAAUUAACAGAGAUCAAAAAACAACUUGAGCAGCUACCUGAAAUACAAAAGAGUACAGUUGGAUCCCAGGGUGAUAUGCCACCUUUAAUAUUUCAAAAUUCUGAUGGUCAGCUUGAAAUGAAUGUGGAAUCGAAUUGUAGUUUCGAUAAAAACUUAGAGGAAGACUGUGCCAAACCUGUGGUGAACAGAAUGUUGAGUAGAGAAAAUAUGAGAAAGUCCUUGGAGAAUUUACACGACUCUAAGUCGGAUAGUCUAUCCACACAACGAAGGAAAUCUCUAACAAGCAAUUGUUACAGCAUCUCACCUGCUAUAACGCAUCAAAGUGUCUAUGAUCUAGUUGAAAGUGUAAGAAUCAAUACAGAAUUGUCCCAUGAAAUGUCGAAGAUAGCAGUAGGUACAGUCAUUCAAGGAUUACAUGAAUUGUUGCCUGCAUCGGUUUUUCCUUACCUUAGUACCAUUCAGUCUCAUAUUGAAACACCACUCGUGGUGGAUGAUGUUCAAAUUGAACAGACACACGAUGCCAGUAGGUUAAGAUUGAUUUUCAACGAACUUACUUCUUGUAAAGAAGAUUCCCAACAAAGAAGCUGGAUGUUACAUGAGGAUGAGGGAACUAUUACUGAGUAUAUAAAAGAACUUAUCUCGAUUCUGUCAAAUGCGGAUGCCAGUAUUUCACGACAUGUUAUUUCAUAUGAUCAGUAUCACUGCAUCACAACGUUAAUUCAGUAUUAUCAAAUGGAAAUUCGAUGGUCCAUAAGACAACUCCUCUUACAAGCAUUUGGUGUGUUGUGUAGUCUUGAUAAGACGGUUGUGGAUAUUAUGUUGAACUCUGUUCUACCUGGAGAACUUGCAAGGGAUAUGGUUAUGAACUCUAGGAAUAUACCGAAAUUAAAUUAUUCGUGUUUACUAUUAACAAUGAUUUUCUCAAUGGGUCUUCCAAUGCCUGUAACAAAUCUAGAUCUUCUUGGGGUUCAGUUUCUCAAUUUCAUACUGGAUAAUAUUGAAAAUCCCCCCGAUACUGAUGUGGACGACCAAAUACCCGAUCUUUUCUUGAAUUUCGUGAUAUCUUUCAACCUGCAAUUUCAAGAGUAUGAUGAGAAUCCUGUCAUGGUCGCUUUGUCUCAAAGAAAUAUAGCUAAAUUUUUCACGGAGAAACUGUUAUUAUUAUUGAAUAGAGAAGAAGAUCCAAUCCGAAUAUUUGAUCAUACUCCCGCUCCACCCCAUUCACUGCUGAAACUCUUCAUCGACUUAUUCAAUAGCGAAGAGACAGCUAAUUUGUUCUACACAAACGACAUCAAGGUUUUAAUUGAUAUUGUAGUCAGAAAUAUCUCGGAUUUAUCUCCCGAUGAUGUGCGAAGAACGCAAUACCUACAAUUGUGCAGGUUGAUAAUGAAAAAUACUAACUACGAGGAACACAGGCACAGGAUCGACGAGAUUUCAAAGUGUUUCACUAGAAUAUUCUGUGAGGAAGGUAGGGUUAGUGCCAAAGAUCAAAAAUUGGUCCGAGAGAUCUCAAACGAAUUUCCACAGUAUUUCAAAUGAAUUCCAAAGUUUUUAUAUCUAUAUAAUUAUGUUACCGACUUUACAUGGCCAUAUUAGCUUUAAGUAGACAUUUAUUUCCAUUUCGAUGCAAUAGCAUGUGAUUCUAUAUUUUUUAUAUAUUAUUUAGAUGAAAUAUUUAAAUAAAAUGAAAAUAUAACAGAAAAAACUUCUUCAAAACA